AAGCCUGGGGAUUCGCUGGUUGGCCGUGUACCAGUAAGCGUGUUUGUAAUAGAGUGAAAAAGCGCGGUCAGGAUUGCUGAUGCAAUCCUCUUUAUUUUUUGUGCAAGCAUAUCUCGUAUUCCUAUUUAAGUCUUUUUGUUUCCUAUAUAACUACUGAAAGCAAGAUAAAAAUACCUUGGUUACUAUGGUCAAAUCGUCCCCGCCACGUUGACACUGGGGACGGGUACCAUUAACGUUGAGAAGAAGAAGAAGUGAAAAAGCGCGGUCAGGAUUACUGAUGCAAUCCUCCUUAUUUCUUUUGCAAGCAUAUCCUGUAUUCCCAUAAGAAAUACCUUGGUUACGUAUAUAUACAAUAAGAUAUAAUUAUACAAUAACGUUGAGAAGAAGAAGGAGCCAGAGAAGAAGAUCGGUAUCGCUCAAUAUCGGUAUUAAGAUAUGGCGACAACACCCGAAUCAUUUGUGGACGAAAGAUAUAAAGUAUUUCUAAUGCUAUACCCUGACGUCGGAUCUAACAAAGGAAGGGGGUUCAAUUAUAAAAGCAUCAAUGAAUGCAUGGAAGGUAUUUGUAAAUUAUACGAAGAGCAUCUAAAGAAACAAGAUCCAAAUGUUCCAAUCGUGCCUCAUGACCGUGAUAAAUUAUUUGAUUUCGUCGAGCUAACAAAUAUGUUGUGUUUAAUAACCAACCCUUCAUUUGUCUAUAUUCCACAUAAUAAGAAUUGGAUUAAAGAAAACCUCGAUAUUUUCAUAAAGAGAGCUGCGGAACAUGAAGAAACUCUGUAAAUUUAAAAUAAAAUUUAAGUGUACUUGAAAAUUUACAGAAUUUGCAGAAAAAUCGAAAGCUGAUGUAUACAUUACGAACAAAAAUGCAAUUGAAAUAAAGUAAAAUUUAUAAUUAUCUUUUAAUUAGUAAAUAGACUUGUAGAUCACUUUAUUUAUUUUUCAAUCUAAGUUUAUUAUAUCUCUAAUUGAAAUAUUAUGUCAAAUAAAGUACCAUAUAGCACA